UAAGAGAGUAUUUAGUUUACCUCCAAAUAGAAAACCUAGAGCAUUCUUCUGCCAUGGCCGGCGUGGAAACAGCAAAACGGUUUUCGAUUUUUCUAGCAAAUACUGGAUUGUAAAUCAUCACGUUUCGCCUUGCAAAGCAUCGAAAAUUGUAAAUCAUCAAGAUUGAUAACAAUCAUCAACGAAGUUACAGAGAAGAUGUCGCUGAUUCCGAGUUCACUUUCCAGUUCCUUUCCUGAAAAAUCAGCAUUCUUGAGCAUACUUGUGGACUGGAAGGAGACUCCAGAAGCGCAUGUCUUCCAGACGGAUCUUCCUGGACUGAAGAAGGAGGAAGUGAAGGUGGAGAUCGAUGAUGAUAGUGUUCUUCAGAUAAGUGGAGAGAGAAGCUUUGAGAAAGAAGAUGAGAACGAUGAAUGGCAUUGCGUGGAGCGUAGCAGCGGGAAAUUCAUGAGAAGGUUUAGAUUACCAGAGAAUGCUAAAAUUGAUCAAGUCACCGCAAAUAUGGAGAAUGGUGUUCUCACUGUAACCGUUCCUAAACAAGAGGAGAAGAAGCCUGAAGUCAAAGCAUACAUGGAGAAUGGUGUUCUCAUUAUACCAGUUCCUAAACAAGAGGCGAAGAAACCUGAAGUCAAAGCAUACAUGAAGAAUGGUGUUCUCCAUAUACCUGUUCCUGAACAAGAGGCGAAGAAACCUGAAGUCAAAACAUACAUGAAGAAUGGUGUUCUCCAUAUAUCUGUUCCUGAACAAGAGGCGAAGAAACCUGAAGUCAAAACAUACAUGAAGAAUGGUGUUCUCCAUAUAUCUGUUCCUGAACAAGAGGCGAAGAAACCUGAAGUCAAAACAUACAUGAAGAAUGGUGUUCUCCAUAUAUCUGUUCCUGAACAAGAGGCGAAGAAACCUGAAGUCAAAACAUACAUGAAGAAUGGUGUUCUCCAUAUAUCUGUUCCUGAACAAGAGGCGAAGAAACCUGAAGUCAAAACAUACAUGAAGAAUGGUGUUCUCCAUAUAUCUGUUCCUGAACAAGAGGCGAAGAAACCUGAAGUCAAAACAUACAUGAAGAAUGGUGUUCUCCAUAUACCUGUUCCUGAACAAGAGGCGAAGAAACCUGAAGUCAAAACAUACAUGAAGAAUGGUGUUCUCCAUAUAUCUGUUCCUGAACAAGAGGCGAAGAAACCUGAAGUCAAAGCAUACAUGAAGAAUGGUGUUCUCCAUAUACCUGUUCCUAAACAAGAGGCGAAGAAACCUGAAGUCAAAGCAUACAUGAAGAAUGAUGUUCUCAAUAUACCUGUUCCUAAAAGUCAAAGCAUACAUGAAGAAUGGUGUUGUCACUAUAACUGUUCCUAAACAAGAGGUGAAGAAACCUGAAGUCAAGACCAUUGAUAUCUCUGGUUAAACGCCCAACGAGUUCUGCGUUAGAAUGGUGUUAUUUGCUUUAUUCUAGCAUAGUAUGUUUUUUUUGUGUUUAUCUAUUGUAUAUGAAAGGAAAAGAUUGUAUUAUGGAAUGUGUUUCGAAUUUUCAAGGAUUUUAUGUGAAUAAAUAUCUGUUUAAAGUAAAU